UCUUCCUUAUCGACUAGAGCUCAAGAGACCAUUCUCUAUCUCUUCGAGGGUGAUAACAGAGAGAGAGAGAGACAGACAGAAGAGGUCCCGUGCUGGAGUGCUAUUCAUGAGAUCAUCUCCAACCAUAGCCGAAGCAAAGGAACAUUUGGAAACAGAAGAUUGUCUGAAUCACCAUGUGUAAUCCAAACACCACCGGCGCCACAACCACAACCGCUACUGCUGUGAUCGAAAAUCCAGCACAACCACCAAACAAAAAACUCUGUUUAGCUCUUCUAUCAAUACCUCCCAACAAUACAAAGGGCCUGGAAAACCCAGAGCCACCCCAAAAGAAGCAAACCCAAUUUACAUACCCAACAAUCUCAGAUAUCAUUACAGAAGCCAAGUCCCUCUUCAACCUCUCAUUCCCAACCGCUCUCACAGCACUCCUUCUCUACUCACGCUCUAUCCUCUCUAUGCUCUUCCUAGGCCAUCUCGGUGACAUUGAACUUGCUGCAGGCUCUCUCGCCAUCGCCUUCGCCAAUAUCACCGGCUACUCUGUCCUCUCCGGUCUCGCUCUCGGCAUGGAACCUCUAUGUGCCCAAGCAUUUGGAGCUCAGCGUCCCAAGCUUCUCUCCCUCACCCUACAUCGCUCCGUUAUUUUCCUUCUCUUCUCAUCCAUACCCAUCUCCCUUCUAUGGCUCAACAUGUCCAAAAUUCUUCUAUUUCUACACCAAGACCCUGACAUUACACACAUCGCUCAUACAUACCUUGUAUUCUCUCUUCCAGACCUCCUCACUAACUCCUUCCUCCAUCCAAUCCGCAUUUACCUCCGCGCGCAGGGCAUCACCUACCCGCUCGCGUUAGCGUCAUGCGUCGGGACGAUCCUCCUCAUACCCUUGAACUGCUUCGUGAUGCUUCACCUCCAACUCGGCGUCGCCGGCGUCGCAGCCGCUUCUGCAGCCUCGAACUUAUUCGCGUUGUUAUUCCUCAUCGGGUACGUGUGGGCCAAAGGGUUACACGUGCCAACGUGGACGACGCCUAACAGGGAGUGCUUGACCGGCUGGGAACCUCUUAUCCGGCUAGCGGCGCCGAGCUGCAUCUCCGUGUGUUUGGAGUGGUGGUGGUACGAGAUCAUCAUCGUGUUGUGCGGCCUGCUGGCAAACCCGAAAGCGACGGUGGCGUCGAUGGGUGUGUUGAUGCAAACGACGGCUCUGAUUUACGUCUUCCCGUCUUCCCUCGGGUUCGCUGUAUCAACACGUGUCGGAAACGAGUUGGGCGCAAAUCGUCCGGACAAGGCCAGGGUGGCGGCGGUCGUGGCGGUGUUUCUAGCGGUUAUGAUGGGAUUAUCAGCGACGGCAUUCACAUCGGGGAUGAGGGAUAGGUGGGGACGUAUGUUCACGUCGGACGCUGAGAUCCUACGGUUGACGUCGGCGGCAUUGCCCAUCCUAGGGAUGUGCGAGAUUGGUAACUGCCCGCAGACGGUAGGGUGUGGAGUGUUGAGGGGGAGUGCGCGGCCUAGCACGGCUGCUAACGUUAACCUGGGUGCAUUUUAUGCGGUGGGGAUGCCGGUUGCAAUCGGGCUUGGGUUUUGGCUGGGGGUGGGGUUUUGUGGGCUCUGGCUGGGGUUGCUAUCGGCUCAGGUCUGCUGUGCUGGGCUCAUGUUGUAUGUAGUGUGGACCACCGAUUGGGAUGCUCAAGCAAGAAGAGCACAGCUACUGACCUGCGCAGUAUGUGGGGAAGCUGAACUCCAAAGUGGUGGCAUCGAAGAGGAGCCGUUGAUAUCCAUCAAAUUGAUGGUUUAGAUUUUUCUUCUUUCUUUCUUUCUUAAUUUUCAUUCAUAUCUUUUGCCCAAUUAUUUUUGGGUUGUGAAUUAUUGAAUUCUUUUUUUUUUUUCUCUCUCUUCUUCUUCUUCUUCUUCUUCUUCUUCUUCUUCUUCUUCUUCUUAGUUAGAAUUUAGAAGAAGUUGGUCACUGGUCAGUCCUCAGUCGAAGCCCGAAGGACUUAGGAACUUGGUCCUUGACAAAAAAAAAGUUUUUUCUUUCGGUUAAUAGAAAAUUUGUAUCUUG